GAUGGGUCCCACGAGGUCUUGCAGGUCCCGUGUGCCGUGCUGUGUAAUUAACUCCUGGUGGCUUGGGUUGUAGGCGUUGGACGUGGGCUCCACCCUGGAGAUGGUGUGCGUGGCAGAUUUGCUUUCCUGGUGGCGCUGGUGGCCAUGCUGUGGUGGAUCCCGCUGGGCAGCGCCGCCGUGCAUGGAAGGCAUGUGCUUGGCUCUCCCCACUCAGGAUUAGCUCUCCCGAAGGUGGAUUUGGUUUUCCAGCUUCAAUAGGAGCUACUUGUUCUGCUGCUUCCUGUUCCAGGUGACGGCAAGCUCCAAAUCCCUCAAGUACAGCCGGGAUGUGCUCUCUGCCCUUCAAGUUGAGAAUCCCCGGUUAAAGGUGGUCCUCACAGCUGCCACCAGGCCUUGCCAGCUUCUCCAGCUGUUCCCAGGUACCCCCGCAACAUUGGCAGCCUCCAAAGGCUCUAGGAUGCUGGGACCAGUCGGGCUCGGGCUGCCCACCUGAUCCUCACCACCCCCAUCCCACCGGCACACCAUGUUGCGCUCCUGGCGCGUGAAGCUGAAGCUGCUGCUGGCCACGCUGACCCUGGCCGUCCUCCUCUCCUGGCUCUACUUCUUCGUGGGCAGCCUCGAAUACGGCCGCUUCCUGCUGCUACCACCCUGCCUGGGUGAGCAGCCCAGCCGGGACGUGGAGCGGGAGGCGCUGGCCUCCCGGGUGCGCCGGGUGGAGGAGGAGAACCAGCAGCUCCGGCUGCAGCUGGGCCAGGCGCAGGCGGAGGGCAGCGAGGGCAGCCCGAGGUGGGGGGGGGUCUCCACCGAAGAUGGGGAACCCCCCGGGGGCGAGAGGAGCAACCGCACGGCCUGCCCCAAGCAGCGGACGGUCCACAAGUGUGAGCUCCUGCACGUUGCCAUUGUGUGCGCCGGGCACAACGCGAGCCGGGAUGUGGUCACCCUGGUGAAGUCCAUCCUCUUCCACAGGAAGAACCCCCUCCACUUUCACUUCAUCACAGACUCGGUGGCCCACCAGAUCCUCCAGACGCUCUUCCAGUCCUGGAUGGUGCCCUCCGUCCAUGUCAGCUUCUACAACGCCGAUGACUUGAAGCCGGAGGUGUCAUGGAUCCCCAACAAGCACUACUCCGGCAUCUACGGGCUGAUGAAGCUGACGCUGACCAAGGCGCUGCCCUCCAACCUCUCCAAGGUCAUCGUCUUGGACACCGACAUCACCUUCGCCACCGACAUCGCCGAGCUCUGGGCCGUCUUUGGGAAGUUUUCUGACAAGCAGGUGAUCGGGCUCGUGGAGAACCAAAGCGACUGGUAUUUGGGCAACCUCUGGAAGAACCACAAGCCAUGGCCGGCCCUGGGACGUGGCUUCAACACGGGGGUGAUCCUCCUCCUGCUCGACCGCCUGCGUCGCCUGGGCUGGGAGCAGAUGUGGCGGUUGACGGCGGAGCGGGAGCUCAUGAGCAUGCUCUCCACCUCACUGGCCGACCAGGACAUCUUUAAUGCCGUGAUCAAGCAGGACCCAGCCCUGGUGUACCGGCUCCCCUGCUUCUGGAACGUGCAGCUCUCCGAUCACACCCGCUCGGAGCAGUGCUACACCGAGGUCUCGGAUCUCAAGGUGAUCCACUGGAACUCACCCAAGAAGCUGCGGGUGAAGAACAAGCACGUGGAGUUCUUCCGCAACCUCUACCUGACCUUCCUGGAGUACGACGGGAACCUGCUGCGCAGGGAGCUCUUUGGCUGUGCCAGUCUCCCCAGCCCGCCCAGCAACCAGCUGCAGCGGGCACUGGAGGAGUUGGACGAGGAUGAUCCCUGCUACGACUUCCGCCGGCAGCACCUCACCCAGCACCGCGUCCACCUCUUCUUCCUGCAGUACGAGUUCCUGGCCUUUCCCAACCCCACCGAUGUCACCCUGGUGGCCCAGCUCUCCAUGGACAGGUUACAGAUGUUGGAGGCCAUCUGCAAACACUGGGCAGGUCCCAUCAGCCUGGCGCUCUACAUGUCGGACGCGGAGGCCCAGCAGUUCCUGCGCUACGCCCAGGCCUCCGAGGUGCUGAGCGCCCGCCGCAACGUGGCCUACCACAUCGUCUACAAGGAGGGGCAGUUCUACCCCAUCAACCUCCUGCGCAACGUGGCCUUGGCCAACACGCAGACGCCAUACGUCUUCCUGACGGACAUUGACUUCCUGCCUAUGUAUGGCCUCUACGAUUACCUCAGGAACUCCAUCCAGCAGCUGGAGCUGCCCCAGAGGAAGGCAGCUCUCAUCGUGCCGGCGUUCGAGACCCUGCACUACCGCUUGACCUUCCCCAAAUCCAAAGCCGAGCUGCUCUCCAUGCUGGACAUGGGCUCCCUCUACACCUUCAGGUACCACGUGUGGCCGAAAGGCCAUGCCCCAACUGACUAUGCCAAGUGGCGGACAGCCACUGUGCCGUACCGCGUGGCGUGGCAGCCAGACUUCGAGCCUUACGUUGUAGUGAGGCGAGACUGCCCCAAGUACGACCAGAGGUUCGUGGGCUUCGGCUGGAACAAGGUGUCCCACAUCAUGGAGCUGGAUGCGCAGGAAUAUGAGCUGCUGGUCCUGCCCAACGCCUUCAUGAUCCACAUGCCCCAUGCCCCCAGCUUUGACAUCUCCAAGUUUCGCCUGAGCGCCGGGUACCGGGGUUGCCUCCAGACCCUGCGGGAGGAGUUCCACCAGGACCUGUCACGGCGAUAUGGGGCUGCUGCCCUCAAAUACCUCACCGCCGAGAGGAGCCCGUGAGGCCGGGGGACAGCGGGGGUGCCAGCAGCACGCUGGGGAAACUGGGAGCAUGAGGUCCUCCCUCCUGCCCCGACCCACUGCUGCAGCCUGGCCUGAGGGAGCCAGGAUCGCCAGCUUCUCCAGCCCAGCCAGGAUGGGAUGCCCCCAGCCAAGAGGGAAGGUGCCAGCUGCCAGAAGAGGCAGUGCCUGCAGGUCGAGGGGGGUUCUAUCGGGGUGGCAGCCUUCCCGUGUUACAGGGGAACCUCCCCCUGCCCGGGGACAGGGGGACGGGUCUCCUCCCUCCCCUGUUUUUAGCAGAUUUGGAUUCUCAGCUUUCCUUAGCUCACCUCACCUUCAGGCCCGGGAGCUUGACCUUACCCCGCUCUGCCUCUGCUCUGCGGUCCCGGGUCCCAACCCUCCUCCCCACACCCCUCCCAGGGCUUUGGGGAGGGGGAGACAAAGGAUGCAGAGCAUCUUUUUUGCAUCCUUUGUGGAGCCCACCUCAGAGGAAGCCUCCCAGCACCCUGGGUGGUGGGGCCAGGGAGUGCCAGGAGCCGUGGAGACCUGGUUCAAGCCAGGACCAAGGCUGGGCUGGUUGAUGGGAUGAAAUACUGUUACUGCCCAUCCGUAUGGAUGCAGAGUCUCCAAUGGGGUUGGCCCAGUGCUGGUGCUGGGGGAGUCACCAGGGGCAGGAAGGGCUGUCUGCUGUCCCCAGCCAUGAGCUGCUGGAAUGGGCCGGUGCCUCCCGGCUGGAAGUAGCCAUCCUGCCCCAUCCUGGGGUUGCCAACCGCACCAUCACCAGGAGGCAAAGCCAUGGGGCCCAGCAUGUGCUGGGGAGAAAUUCGUGGCGAGGGGGACACCACCCAGCUCCUCUCCAGCUCUGGGCAGCACAGAUGUUGCCAUCAGCAGUGGAGGAUGUGGUUGGCACUGGAGGAGACCGUAGCGCUGUGGUGGGAUCCCCGCGCUGGGAGCAGCUUGGCAGGGCACCCUUCCACCGCUGUCACACACUGGAGCACAGAGGAUGCGUCGCUUUCCUCACGCUAUUUAAAUUAUUUAAUACUUUUCUCAUAAGAAUUCAAUGAUUAGGGUGUCUUGGGGUUGUUUUUUGGGGGGUUUUUGGUUUGGUUUUUUUUUUUUUCAAUCUUUUCUUCUUCCCGGAUGAUUUUGCUGGUGGCCCUGGAGGCUCUCCAGGCCAGUGGCUGCUGUGGUCUCUGCUGGUGUCUCCUCAGCCUUCCUCUGGGCUGCGAGGGCGUCCGUCCACAGCGGGAGCAGCGCGGAGGAGCCACGCGAAGCGCGGGGUACGGAAAGGGCACAAGCGCCUCUUGCUUUCAUUCUCUCUUUUUUUAAUUUAAUUUUUAAAUUAAAGCUUUUUUUAUUCUUUUUUCA